AUGGUGGCCACCGCUAUAAGCAAGAAGCGCAAGUUCGUCGCCGACGGCGUCUUCUUCGCCGAGCUCAACGAAAUGCUCGUCCGCGAGCUCGCCGAGGAUGGGUACUCGGGCGUGGAAGUCCGACAGACCCCAAUGCGCACGGAAAUCAUCAUCCGCGCCACGCGCACGGCGAACGUGCUCGGCGAAAAGGGUCGACGCAUUCGUGAGUUGACCACGCUCGUGCAGCGCAGGUUCCAGAUGGCGGAAGGUUCGGUGGAGCUGUACGCGGAACGGGUGAACAACCGCGGGUUGUGCGCCAUCGCGCAGUGCGAGUCUUUGCGAUACAAGCUUCUCGGCGGUCUCGCCGUUCGACGUGCGUGCUACGGCGUGCUUCGAUACAUCAUGGAGGCUGGCGCCAAGGGUGCGGAGGUCGUCGUCUCUGGUAAGCUUCGCGGCCAACGCGCCAAGGCGAUGAAGUUCAAGGACGGUUACAUGAUUUCUUCCGGUAACCCGGUGCGCGAAUACAUCGUUUCGUGCACUCGCCACGCCUUGCUUCGCCAGGGUACCAUCGGUAUGCGCGUGAAGAUUAUGCUCGACCACGAUCCGAAGGGCCGCAACGGUCCGUCGACGCCGAUUCCGGACACCGUCGUCAUCCACACCCCGAAGGAUGACGAAGACAUGGCCAAGCCGUACGUUGGUAAGGAAAUGGAGAUGUAAACGGGAAGGUAUUCAAUCAAUACGACUCGGUUACGUGUUCAAUCAGUUAGGUGUGUCGAGAAACUCGUGGCGAUAGGAGCGGAAGAGCGCGUCGCGCUCUUUGCAUUAGUGAGAUGAG